GUGCAAUAUUUAAUAUAAUUAUACAUAAUAUAAUGGUUAAUUAUUUCCAGUUUUUGCAAUACUGUAAAUUGUCAUUCAGCUAGCCAGUUCGUCACUGAUUUAUCCUGAGGUGUCAGUAUUGCGCUUGACAUCACAUCGUACGGAUUAGAUUUCCUUCUACGGUAUUCAAUAUUAACACUUAAAAAGAAGGAAGAAUGAGAAUGCACACGUGAAGUACAAAAGAAAUAUGCACAAUACAAACUGAUUACUUCAGUUAGAUUAAUUGAUUUCAAUCGAAAUUCAAAAACAUACAAAAUACGUUAAAAUGAUGCUGAAGACUUUCUUCGGAAGGAUAAGCAAAGAUUUCCAUCAAAAAGAGUUGAUGCCAUUAAAAUUAAUAUUUUUUGUGCAAGCAUCCACUAUUUAUGUGUUGUAUCCAUAUUUAACUAUUCACAUGAGAGAAUUGGGAAUAAACGUAGAAGAAACGGCAAUAAUGAGUGCCAUCACUCCUCUUGUAGCUAUAGUUAUGCCGCCGCUUGCCGGUAUGUUAGCCGAUCGAAUAGGAAAUUUCAGAAUUUUACUGUCGGUAUUUUCCAUAUUCGGAGGCUUAGCGGCGUUGUUAUUACUACUAGUGCCAACCGGCAGAACGAUAGUGAAUUUUCCUGAGAAUAUAAUCAUGGAGCUCGGUUGUCAAGGUAAAAGUGGUUCGCUAUUAUAUGCAAUGAGCCAGACUCAUCCUUGCGAGAUGAAAUUAGAUUCGGAAAUCACUAUAAGGAUAGAAAGUUGUGGAUUCAUGUGUCACGUGGAAACAGACAACGAAACAGAUCAUAAUUUGAUUUUAAAAUCGAGACUUUAUACGGUCAGACAUUUUAAUUUUCAAACUGAUGAAAGUACUUUGUACAAAUACAUUCCUGCGCAAAAUAACUUGUCAAUGAGUUCUAAUCAGCAGGAAAAUAUAGAAGAGCAUCGACAAUUAAAAAAUGAUGAAUUUUUUAAAACUGCCAUUCGACGGAUUUCAAAAACUUAUUAUUACUUUCCAACUGAUCAGCUACUUUCAUUUUCAUGUAUCUCGAAAUGCAUGCAAGAUUUUGAUAAUUUUACUGAAAUGUUGUAUGAAUGCAAAAAUCAUACGUUGUGUGCUUUCGAUUAUUUAAUCAAACCAAAGAAUAAUAACAACCAAACAAUAAAUUAUCAUUUGUACAAAUCAAAAAUUAAAAGUUUAAAAUCAGAUGAAGAAGAUUUACAACAAGAACGACAAAGAUACUUGGCAGAGGAAAUAGCCUGGGCAAAGGAAGAUUUUCAAAAAGUUACUUGUGAUGAUUCAGAUAAUAAUAAUUAUAAUAAUUAUAUAAAUGAUCAAGUCACAGUAGAUGUGUAUCUUUAUGAUUACGAUGCCAAUUUAAAAACAACUAAGCAAAUUCUAAGCACGAAUAAAUGCAAUAAAAAAUGUAUAGUUAUUGUACCUCGCAAAUCAAUGUGUUCUAACAUGAAUAUAGAAGUUGAAUAUAAUGUAAGUUUGACAUUCUGGCUUUAUCUCAUCAUUAGAGUAUUCAUAGGUAUUAUUGGUGGUACAACGUUUGCUAUGUUUGAAGGUGCUGUUAUAGCGAUAUUACGAGAGCAGAAAGCAGAUUAUGGUCUUCAAAGAAUUUAUGGUAGUAUAGGAGGCAUGAUUUCUUCACCUUUAUCAGGUUUUCUUAUAGAUUAUGCCAGUAAAGAUAAAGGAUAUACUGAUUUUAGGCCUGCAUUCUAUUUAUACGCAGCAUUGAAAUUAAUAUCAGGUGUUUUUAUGUUGCUGAUUAAUUUAGAAUUUAAAGCACCUGCUAGUAAUGUUGUACAUGACGUCUUUAUUGUUCUGAAAAACAUUGAAACUGCCGCACUCUUUCUUGCUUGCUUUGUUCUUGGUACUGCUUGGGGAUACAUCGAAUCGUUCCUCUUCUGGUUGAUACAAGAUUUAGGAGGAUCUAAUUCACUUAUGGGUAUUACUGUGACCGUCGGUGGUAUCGCUGGUAUACCAUUAUUAGCGCUUUCGGGACCAAUAAUAUCAAAAAUUGGUCACGCGAAUGUGCUUUUCAUAGGAUUUGUGUUUUAUGCUAUCAGACUUUAUGGUUAUUCCUUAGUUUAUAAUCCUUGGUUAACUUUAAUCUUCGAGGCAUUGGAAUCAGUUACGUCAUCUCUUAGUUUCACUGCAGCCGUUACUUACGCGGCGAAAUUAUCGUCUAUAUCUACCGAUAGCUCGAUACAAGGAUUGCUUGGCGGUGUUUAUUACGGAGUUGGCAAAGGUUCUGGAAGCUUGAUCGGUGGUUAUCUAAUGAAAACUUUUGGUACUAGACCGACCUAUCAGAUAUUCGCUAUGAUAACUUUAGUGACUGGCAUAAUAUAUUUUAUAUUUAAUAUGACUUAUCUAAAAAAGCAGCCUCAGUUCGAAGGCAACGAUAUUGUAAAAAAAAAAUCGAAAAAUAUUGAUGCACACAGUAGUUUUGAUAAGCAUGCAAAUGAUAUUAAUCUCGAUGAAAAACCACAAGAUGAACGAAUAAAGAAGGACAAAAAUAUUUUGAUGGAAAAUAAUGGUUUAGAUAAUCAAGGAUUUUUAUUUUAAUCAGGAUAAAGGAUAUACACGAAAAAUAAAAGAUAUACAUACAAAAUAAUAAAUUGUCCAAAAAAGCAAAUGAAUAACAAAUUGAUGCGCCUUAUUAGCUCUUACUUGUUAAUUUUUUUAAAUUGUUGUUAUUUGAGAGUCCAUUUUUUAGUAUAAUCCAGUUAAAAUUUUUUCGUGAUAGGGGGGAAGAGGCGAAACUUUUCUUCCGUCCACACAUUCAUUUAAAUAUGCAAAUAUACAAUAAAUGGAAUUUAUGUUCAUAAUUUUAUUAAAUUUAGAAUUUUUUUUAUGUGCGUGUGCAUAACAUAAUGCGUGUGGAUGUAUAAUAUAAUGAUGAUACACACAUACUCUGUUAUUUAAUAUUAAAUUUUUUGUGAUCAAUUUUUGUUAGAAUCUUGAUUUGUAUGAGACUUUAUUUGUCAAUAAAUUUUAAAUAAACAAUAAGCGACGCUGAAAGUUUUCGAAGAAUACUCAGGAUGAUGAUCUUGACAUCAUAUAUGUCAAAAAAUCAAGAUCUUGGAACUAAAUCUUCUUUUAUACAUAUUUACCAAUAUAUUUUUGAUGAAUGU